AUGGUGUUAGACCAACAGAUGCUCCACCUGAACCUCGGUGAUCGCCGGCCCGUUAGCUACGCGAUGAUCAUGACCCCGCCUGCUGAACAAGACCUACGAUCCUUACAGGGAGAAUCUCAACAAUCCAAGCCGGAAAUGGAGGAUCGAUGGUCGCAGAUUUUCCGACUAACGCCGACGCCGACUCUGAUUUUAGAUGGUUCACUCCGGGUGGUGGGAACUUCGGAGAGCCACCAGACCACAUUCCAGCACACCCGGGAACAAUUAUUGGGAGCUAGCAUCUACAAAUUGACACCUGGGCUAGUCCCUGCGCCCAAUAUUGCGUCAUUAAGUGGUGUCUUAGGUGCAGCGAUCGCGACAAAAGAAGUGAAAGUGAUCGAUCGUGUUCAUGUCGACCACGGGGAGUUUGAUUAUUCAUUGACGGUAACGCCUGUCUUCGACCGCAGCGUAUUGGUCAACGUACUCCUCGAGGCGCAUAAACAGAAACGGAAAAAGCGCGCAUCCAAGCUUAGCGAGACCACUUAUCUGAACGAGACCUAUAAGAUCCUGAUCGACACUGUCAAGGAUUAUGCGAUUUUCAUGUUGGAUACGCGCGGUCAUAUCGCCACGUGGAAUUCCGGAGCCUCCAUCCUCAAGGGCUACACGACCGAAGAAAUUGUCGGCAAGCAUUUUUCCAUCUUCUACGGACCCGAGGACUGUCAGUCCAACAAGCCAGCACGGGAAUUGGAGGUGUGCUUGCGUGAGGGCAAGGUCGAAGAUGAAGGCUGGCGCUACCGAAAAGACGGAGGGCGAUUUUGGGCCAACGUGAUGAUCACAGCCAUUUACCAAUUCGGCCAACAUGUUGGAUUUGUGAAAGUGACUCGAGAUUUGACAGAGCGCAAGGCGGCGGAGGCGCGCCUGAUUGACGCAUUUGAAGAAUCUUCCAAGAUGAAGACCGAUUUUUUAGCAAACAUGUCACAUGAGCUGCGCACUCCGAUGAAUGGCAUGUUUUUGGCCUUGACCAUGCUCAUGAGGACUUCGCUGGCGGAUGAUCAGCUGGAGUUUGCGUCCAUUUUGGAGGAUUCCACCUCCAUGCUUCUGCAAGUCAUCAAUGAUGUGUUGGAUUAUUCGAAAUUGUCUUCUGGAUCCUUUUCCCUCAUCACUGAUACUCUGAAUGUCCCCAGCGUGAUCAAUGCGGUCGCCAAGAACUGUCAACCAUCGGUGAAGCCCGGUGUCGUUUUGAAAGUCUCGGUCGAUUCGGACUUUCCCCAAAGUAUCCAAGGUGACCCGCUGCGCUUCCGCCAGAUCCUCCAGAAUCUCGUCGGCAAUGCAGUGAAAUUUACUGAAGAAGGCUAUGUCCAUAUUAACGCAUCUUAUACGAAAGACCCUAUCGAUCCUCGGUUCUGCACGAUCUCUAUCCAGGUGGUGGAUUCUGGGAUUGGAAUCCCUGAGGUUGCGACAAACACUCUUUUCACUCCUUUCACACGAUUUGCAGAUUCGGCAUCCAAGCGAUACCAAGGCACUGGGUUAGGACUUUCCAUUUGUAAAAGCCUAGCGGAGCUCAUGAACGGCGCCGUGGGGUUCCACGCAAAUCCAGAUGGCCCUGGUAGUGUGUUUUGGAUGUCUGCAAAGAUGGUCCAUAUCGAUACACCAACUAGUCAGAAGAACCAUUCAACAGUCAAACCCUUCAUACAUGAUCCGACCGAGGAGCUCAAAAAAAUCGCGCCGCAGAAGCAGAUUCUCCUUGUGGAAGAUAACAAGGUCAAUCAAACCAUCAUGCUCAAGCUGUUAUCGACACUGGGCUUUGAGCGAGUUGAUGCAGCCUGGGAUGGCGCUGAAGCCGUGCGCAUGGUAAAGCAAAAGCCCCUCGCCUAUAACGUUAUUCUGAUGGACAUCAACAUGCCUGUUAUGGAUGGUCUGGCGGCUACAGAGCAAAUUCGGCAGUUGAUGAUUGAUGUUCCGAUCAUCGCACUCACCGGGAACGCACUCAAAGGAGAUGCUGAAAUUUAUCUUGCAAAGGGCAUGAAUGACUACCUUGCAAAGCCGCUUCAUCGGCAGCAGUUGGUGGAUAUGCUCUGGCGAUGGUGUGGAUCUUGA